GUGUCCCUGCUCCGCUGCACCCUCCUGUCGUCUCUCCUCCUCCUCCUGGUCUGCAGCAUCCAUGAGACGGAGCAGAACAGCUACUGCCAGCAGAUCAUCACCGAGAGGCACCUGGCCGAGCUGCAGGAGCUGGCUGACACCCAGAUGCAGCACCCGGGCAGGGUCUCCUUCAAGUUCAUCGACAAGAUGCAGUUGAACGACUCCAUCUGCUAUGUGAAAGCCGCCUUUCCUCUGCUGGGCAAGAUUUUGGAGCGAACAGAGUUCAAGGAGAACUCUUCCAACGCCAGGAAGAUGCAGACGGUGCGCAGGAUGUACCACAGCAUCGACGAGAACGUCGACCCCUGCAUCAGGGAGGAGGAUGAUGAGGAGAGGAUGCUGUCCCAGAUGUGCUUCAAGGAGUUCACCACCUCCCCCUAUGAGAUGCUGGUCCUGGUGAAGGAUUUCUUCCAGGACAUCAACCAGCUACUGCAGAACCAGGAGACCUUUGAGAAGGAUUGCAGCCACGUCUACCACAGGGCCUGCCCGGGGCCCAGGGGGGCUGAAUCCCCACCAGAGCAGCGCAGGAAGGAGCCGCCCGGCCGGGAGGGCCUCCAGGAGCCCCUGGUGUUCGUCGUGGUGCCCGGCGUGGUGGCCGUGCUGCUGGCAGUGGGGGGGCUGCUCUUCUACAAGUAUAAGUGCAGGGUCCUGGAGCAGCCACUGGAAGAUGGAGACUGCGACCCCGAGGAGCCAGAGAGGAGGGCGCUGCAGGGAGUGAGGGAAUGUCCAGAGCUGGAGACUCAGGACCUCUGAGGGCCCCAGGCGGGAUGUGAAGCUGGUGGGGGACGGAUCCGGGUGGAAGGAUCCCGACGCUCCCUCUUCCCUCGGCCAGAGACUGCAACCCCUCCCUGGCAGGGACAAAGGGAUGGGGGGCUGUGCCCCCAGGGGGACCCCCAGCACCGGGAAGCGACGGGCUGGAAGGCGUUGGACUGUCACGGGAUGGUGGCAGUGGCUGAGGUGACGCCGUGGUGCUGAGCUGGAGAUGCUGGAUUUGGAAUGGUGGAUCCUGCUUGGACGUGGCUGAAGAUGGAGAGGUCCAGCUCCUCAAUCCUCUGGCUCUUCUGGUUUGGAGCAGCACCCGUUGCCUCCCUCCACCCUGCCUUUCCCAAGGCUUCAGCUGGAGCAUCCUGGAUGCUGUGGGGGGCCCCCCAGCCCUGAUUUGCAACUCAAACCCUCACACUGUGAAUAUUUAAAGCCCCCCCCCGUGCCCGUGUGGGGCCGGGUUUGGGGGUGACCCUUGACACCGUCCCCAUUCCCAUCCUCCUGCCGCUCCGUGUCCGAGCUGGCCUCGGCCUCGCCCUCCUCGGGGGCUGUUUUUAAUAGAGCUGAUGAGAGUCUUUAUCCUGCACAAGUAUUUUGGAGGGGCCCCUUUGCCCCUCGCGGGGUCCUUGCCACGAGCUGGACUCGCUGGGAUCCCGUUCCUGCGUUUUGGAGAAGGGAAUGGGGCCGGGAAGGACGGGAUCCACAUGGACCUGAGAGAUGGAGCAGCCCCAGCCACGCCUCUGGGGGCUUUUAGGCUCAGCUGGAUUUGGGAAGAUGCACCAGCUCUGGAGACCCCCUAAAAUCCAGCGGCUCCGUCCGACCCCGGGUGAAGCAUGGCCUGAGCUGCUCUGGGGGUUUGAAGUGUUAUUUUUCUAGGAAGGAUGAAAAUAUGGACAAACCAAACUGCUUUUAAGGAAAGCAUCGCUAUUAAUUUGGGUUUUUUAUAUAUAUAUGUGUAUUUAUGACUGUCAGAGAGAGGGGGUUCCUGUGUGAGGGACUGGUGUAAAGCAGGAGGAAAGCCCUAAUGCAGCAGGAAGGCUGGGGCCAAACUCCUGCUGUGGUGUAAGUUUACACCAUGGAGGAGCUGAUCCUGGGGGGGAAAACUUGCCUUUACCCCUGUUGGAUUGAAUUUGCCUUUUUUUUUGUUUGUUUGGGUUUUUUGUUGGUUUGUGGUUUUUUUUGUUGUUUGUUUUUUUUUUUAUACAAUGAAAUGUUGAAAUAUUUUAUACAAAGGCAUUUAAAAAUCUAUUUAAAGAAAAUAAUGGAAAACAACUUGUAUAUUUAAUAUUAUUAAUAAACAGAGAGGUG